AUGGGUCAUCACAACAGCAAAUCAACACAAGCACUCUACUCUUCAGAUCGGGAUGACUCGCCUGAACGUCCCCCGUCAUACAAGACCACCUACACCCAAGAAAAACCAUCGGACGCAUCGACUGAGAUAGAGAUGCCGAACGACGAGUUCCACAAGCAGCUCGAAGCUCUGGAGCACAAGCAUGCCCUCAAGAUCAAGAGUACCGACGAUGACAUUCUCGAUCUCGAUUUCGUCCGCGCCAAGGUCGCCGCCCUCGAGGCAGCCGUAGAAGAGAGAGACCGUACAAUCAAGACACAGACCGGACAACUCAACUCACUCGAAAAGAAGUCUAAGGGCAUCGAAUCCACCAACACGCUUGCUCCCCGAAGAAGCAAGCCACCUGCAAGAACUCCCAGCCUCACAGUCGAACGAGAUGAAGAAAUCCUAGAACUACACCAGCGAUUGGCGAUCCGAGGAAAAGCAGUCGAGAACCUCUGGAAAGGAAACAAUAAGCUUCAAGCCGAACUCGAGCGACUGCGAGAAUACUCAACGCCAGACUCCGAGAAAACCUACUCCAUGCCUCCAUGUGACAACUUCAUAGAUUACCGUGAUUUGGCCAAUCAACAUCGGCAGAAGAUUCAUCAACUUCAUCAGCAAUCCCGUAUGGAACGAGAAGCCAAAGAUGCAAUGAUAUUGGAACUGGAGAAGCAGGUCCGGGAUCUGAAGGAAUACAUCGGCAAGAAGGAGAGCGAUCUGAUAUACUAUCAGAGCCGAUGCACCAAAGUAUGGGAGGAGGCCAAAGUAGCUGACGCCCAACUCGGUCGAAUGAGCCAAAAAGUCAUGCGUCUCGAAGUCGAAGCACAUGCCAGCAAACGUGUCCUCAAGUCCAAGGAUGACCAUGUCGAAUUACUGGAGCGGGGGUUGAAGAUGGCCAGGCUUGCCAACACACAGCAUACUACCAUGAGCAGAGGUGUUCCGGUCCAGGAUGGGAGGACCAAGUGGGUGCUGGACAGCCAACAGGAUGAGAUUUCUGUAACAGUAUCGAGGGUACCAUCAAAACUCGAUUCAGUGGUCGAUCACCUCAUUGAAAGCAUAGCGGAGACCAAGGAGAAGCUUCGUGAGCUCGAGACGGCCAGAAAUCGCCACGGUCCACCAGAGGGCCGUUAUGCCGCCUGA